AUGUUUCAAACCAAGGCAAUCCUCGAUCACGAGGUCUGGCAAAGCCACAAUGAUCUUGUUCCCCCGGCGAAGGAAGAGGAGGUGGCGCUGCAUUAUGAGAGAGCCAAGCUGAUGUGCCAGCAUAGCGGCAUGAGUUUGCAUGACAUCGAAGCCCUUACUGAGAAGUUUUGGGAUUUUCAUUUCGACAGUACCAAACCGCUGGAUCAUGCAAUCACUACGUUUCAUCAUGUUCAGCUACCACCAAGUGCUCUUCUCGGUUCUACUUCCAAACCAAAGCAUGAGCGUGCCGAGUUUCUGCGUCAGAUUUGGCGGGUUGCUGUUGGAACGUUGUCGCUCUCGAUCAUGGGCAUAUCUGCCAUGCGUGUGGGAACGCGCAUCGCUGCUCUCUACAGCGAACGAAGGACUAUCCUGUCACCAGAUGGACAUUAA